AUGAACGAUGUGGAAGACGUGUCUCGCGAGACUACAAAGCCCCCAUUGUCCGGGCGAGUACAUAUUCUCGGUCUUGGAAAUGUGGGCUGCUUCAUUGCACAUGCCCUGGCCUCCAGACCAUCCCGACCACCGAUAACAUUGCUUUUGCACAAUUGGUCAGUCUACCAGGCUUUCCGCCGCAAGAAGAAGAGCAUUUCCCUCCAGUACAACGGAUUGGAUGAUAUCAAGACUGGGUUCGAUGUUGAAGUUCUUUCCGAUGGCGUAUGGCAUGAAGUAUUGAAGGAGGAAAGCAAGGAACAGAUUGAGUCUGACAUUCCCUUUGAUCAAGUCGAGGAUAUCUCGACGGAUGUAAACUAUGAGCACAUCGAGUGCUUGAUUGUUACUGCCAAGGCCAGUGUUGCAAAAACGGCUAUCAAGUCUGUCAAACACCGCUUGACAAAAGACUCAACUAUUGUCCUUAUGCAAAAUGGCAUGGGAGUUGCUGAGAUGCUCAACCAUGCGAUAUUUCCGAAUCCAGAAGAUCGCCCGACCUAUGUACAGGGCGUCGUCAGUCACGGUCUGACUAGGAUCGACAAAUUUCAUGUUUCCCAUCUUGGUGUUGGUACAAUGGUCUUCGCGCCGAGCACUACGGAGAAAACCCCAGCGCUUCUGGCUGAGGACGAUACUCAUUGGGCCCCCACCACAAAAUAUGUUUUGCGCCUGUUGGCCCUGACUCCAUCUUUGGUUGCUACAACUGACACGCCUGCUGCGCUACUUCAAUACCAACUCGAGAAGCUGGCAGUGAACUGUCUAAUCAACCCCUUGACCGCGCUUUAUGAUUGUACGAACGGCGAGUUGCUCUACAUCUUUAAUGUUACCCGAACCAUGCGCUUGCUUCUCUUCGAAAUCUCGAGCGUAAUCUACGCUCUUCCUGAGCUUCAAGGAGUUCCCGGGAUCGAGGAGCGGUUCUCUCCUGAGCGUUUGCGUCGACUCACAAUGGCUAUUGCCAAUGAUACCUCACAGAAUACCAGCUCAAUGCUUCUUGAUUUGAGAUCGGGGAAUGAGACCGAAAUUGAACAUAUGAAUGGCUGGAUUGUGAAACGAGGAGAGGAGCUGGGCAUCAAGUGUGCGUUGAACUACAUGAUGAGACUGUUGGUAAAAUCCAAGGUUAUUGUACAUCAACGCCGAGGCAAUGCAUCUAUCCCACUUGCUACUGAAGGUGUCCCUUCGGUUGUUGAUUUUGCCGAUCAGAUUACGACCACCAAGGCAAAAUGA